CUCUACCCGCGAAAAGGUUAAGUCGAAUUUAAAUUUAAAACCACAUCAUUUAGCUCCUCCUAGCUCAAUACUAGUGAGCUAGCUCUUGCUAGUCGAGUGAGAAGUGAAAUAACUUAAUCUGUGGAGGCGAAUCUGACAUUAACAUUUGUUAUGAUUGAAAUUUGAAUUUCCAACGAAAACUGGUUGUUGUGAAUUGUGAAAGUAAAAAUUUAUUGUAAUUUUGUAAAAUUAAACUACAUGUCCUAUUGGUGAUAUAAUUGUGUAAAAUGCUUCCGACAAGAUAUGUGCCUGGGCAGUCAUCUGCUAUGAGGAAGUCUAGAUUGGAAGGCAAGCCUUCCUUACUGCCCAAACCGCGACGGCCAGGUUCCACAGACCGUCUGUCCACCGAGGCCAGAAGGCCUAGUACCGCAGGCCAGAGGUCCAGCAGCGCGGACCCAAGAGGCACCUUCGGAGGCUCCCGGUUGAGCAGAGAAGCGUCGGCUACCAAGCUGCCGCUCAAUGGAAGAUCAAGAUCACAGCAAAGCGAGAGGUUUGGACAAUCCUCCAUGACACCAUUACGGGGCAGCCACUAUUCCAGCAGGCCUACAACAACACCAGUGAGGACACCAUCGGAAGAUAGGGCAAGCCGUAGCUGGCAGACAUCACUUGAGCGAGCUCUGGCUUUUGUGACGAUCAAAGACCAAAGGCCGCUAUCCAACGCGGGCUGGCAACGGGCCGAGUGCGCACGGGUGCAAGAGGCGCUGGCGCGGCGCGGCGCCGCCGACGGCUCCAGCAUGGCGCUCAUCCGGCCGCUCACCAUCGCGCGCUUCGUGGACAUCGCGGGCGCGCUGCUGGCCGCCGUCACCCGCGACGCCAAGCUCAACAACGACAACUACGUCGCCAANCUGCUGCUGCCGCACUUGUCCAAGCGACUUCUGUACCCUGGAACAGUGUCCAAGUCCUGGCUGAAGACCGUCAACACCCUGCACGCGUUCCCACACGCGCUCGCUCUCAUAGCAUACCUGUUGGAUCUGGUCAAUUACAUUGAAAUGCCUGUGUCCGACGAUUGGUUGUAUGUAGGAAAAGACGAGUUGGCGUGUCUACGCCGUGAUUACCUCUACAAAUGUUGGAUUAGAUUCCAAGACCCUGGGCAUGAGUUUGAGGACUUGAAUGAAGAAUAUCUGCAGAAUUUGAAACUGUUGCUGGGCAAUGAUGAAGAGAAAAUUAUGGAACUACAACAACUCAUAAAGAAAUACGAAACCUGCCUCGAAGACGAAGCUGAAGCAGCCGCUAGAGCUGACGAAGCGAGACGGGUCGAGAGACGAGACGCGUUACUAAGCGGCCUCCGCGCAGAGAGGGCAGCUCGUCGCGCCGCCAUCGCCGAGGCUUCUGCUCAAAGGGCGCUGCACACAGACCACACUGAUGCCUUGAGGCAACUAGACGUGGAGAUCGAACGAGCUACGGCGGAGAGUCAGCAACUGAAGCGGGAGGUGGAGGAGCAGCCGCUGACGGUGGCGGAGCGCACGCGGCUGCUGGACGACGUGGACUACGCGCUGCGCGUGCAGGACUCCAAGCGCGCGCUCGCCAUCCAGAUCGACAAGAUGCUGUUAAGCAAGGAGACAGAGCUGGCUCUGUGGCAGAAGAAGACCCUGGACAGCUGCGUGGAGUACAAGCAGGGCCUCAUCCAUCUGUCCGCGCAGUUCCCAGAGCUGGCGUCUCUUGCUAUUGACGAGAAAGAGUUGAUGGGCAGCGAGUGCGCGGCGUGGGUGCAGCGCGCGGUGGAGGCGCUCCGCACGCGCUCGCAGCGCCUCGCCGACCAGCGAGCCGAAUUCGCCGCGAGCAAGAGUGCGCUCUGCCGGAAACGGGCCAUGAUGCUGGACGAAACCCGUACCAAGAUAACCGAGCUAAAGGCCACUAUCCAACGCGAGCAAGAGUCCCUCGACAACGAACUGUCCCGCGAGGCGAGCGAAGCUAGCGCGUGGAGCUUGGAGCAACGCGAGCUGAGCACGCGCCUCGACGCAUUGCGGGCCCACCAGGACGACUACGCCAGGCUGCAGGCCGAGCUGGACUGCUGGGAGAGGCAGGACGACGCAUGGCGCGCCAAACUCAAAGCGCUAGAAGAAUACAUCGAGUCGCAGCGCGCCGAGAUCGCUCGCGAGCUAGAAUCAGCGCGAGCUAAGCGCCUGCGCUUGUUUGUGGAAACAGUGCGCGCAUGGGACGAACGGCUCGCGCAGUGAAAAGUGAAUGAAAAUUAUUCUCAGUAAGUUAGAGUUAAGAUUACUUUUACGCGUCCCACCCAACAUAACGAUUUUGGCAUUAAUACUACAGUUUUGGGACAAGCCAGUGCUGAGACACUGUAGCAAAAGAAUAUUAAUAAAUCGUCAACAAUUUUACAAAAUUAUGUACUGUUUGAGUUAGGUACGAAACGCCUUUAUAAUGUACUUCUCAAAAACUUUUAUAAAAUUGAAACAAGCAUUGCCGACUGCUGGAUUACAGUCGUUUAUUACAGCUUUAUAAUUAUGUACUGCAUGUAAAUAAUACCAAAUAGACAAUAAUUUUAAAUAUUUUAUAAGUUUACAAAUAAAACAAAAAAUAUU